AUGCCCUUGAAUUCAUUCAAACUUCCAACAUCUGGCACAUAUAUUGUAGUGCUUUUGUUAUAUGUCGAUGAUAUCAUUCUCACGGGAUCAAAUGAUGUGUUGGUUCAGCAUGUGGUUGAUGAUCUCAGUUCUGUUUUUGAAUUGAAAGAUAUGGGAAAACUAACCUACUUCUUAGGGUUACAAAUUUCAUAUAGUGUAGUAAGAGUUAUUUUUGUCAAUCGAGUUAAAUAUGCCAAAGACUUAUUGAAAAGAGCUGGUAUGAGUACGUGUCGAGCUUGUCCUACUCCUUGCAAGCCUCACACUCAGGUCUCAAAGACAGAAGGUGAACCUUUAUCGGAUCCUAUAGUCUAUAAAAGUAUUUGUUUACCCCGAAAAGGACUCGCCGACAAUUCGCUUGGGGUUUGGCCUUGGAGUUUGCUUUUUGCAAUUGCGAAGGCGUGCCACUGUUGGUAG